AUGCCUCCAUUACCUUCCCGUCAGCUCCUCACAGCCCUCGUCACAUCUCUCAGCAAUACGCGCUGGACAUUGACCCGCACCCUCCGGAGCGAAAACCCCCUCGAUCUCAACGGCGAGCUCCGUGGCAACGCAACCUUCACCCCCCAACCCCCCACCAACACCACCACCACCAACAUCACCACAACAGACCAAGACUGGCUCUACUGCGAAGAUGGCGAGAUCCCAAACACAAUCAACAUAGGCGCCACCCAACCCGGGCUACGCUGGACAAAGAAAUACAUCUGGCGCCUAAGCCCGGAAACCGGGCGCGUAAGCGUCUGGUUCGUUAAAGUCGCACCAGGCCCAGAAGAAGCCGACUACCUAUUCCACGACUUCGAAUUCGACUCAGAGAGCGGGUUACUAGAUUCCACAGAAGUGAAAUCCGAUGCGCAGAAUGAUCCCGGCGAAUUUGUCGCUCCGCCCGUUCCGUCCGCUGUGUUAGCUACAGGAUCUGGGAAUGAGACAACUGUGUUGAAUGCACGCGGCAAUCAUCUCUGUAUUAACGAUAUGUAUCGCACCGCCUAUGCAUUCAGGAUCGAGCCUGAGACCGGGGCUGUUAUUAGUUGGGCUAGUCGGCAUGUUGUGCGUGGCCCGAAGAAGGGGCAGGAUAUUGUCAAUCAGUAUGUGAGGGGUGUUUGA